AUGCCGCAUUCGCUAUUUGAAUUAGAAAACAAGCUUGCGACAGCACUAGUUGGUCUCUUCUCUGUUGUCGGGGCGUUGUUCCUUGCGAACAAAACGCUAAGUUUUCUGAACCUUUUACUCGACAUUUAUGUUAGAUCUGGAAAGAGGUUGGAACAAUUUGGUGCUGGAAAAGGAGCAUGGGCCGUUAUCACCGGCGCUUCUGACGGUAUUGGAAAGGAAUUCGCGUACCAGCUUGCUGCAGCUAAGUUUAACAUCCUUCUUAUCUCUCGCACUCGUUCUAAGCUCGAAAGCUUGGCAAGCGAGAUAGAGGGCAAAUAUGGUGUUCAAACCCAAAUAUAUGCUAUGGACUUUACUAAGGGGGAUUUACAAGAUUACGAAAAUCUGAAAGAAGUCAUCAACCAGCUUGAUAUUGGAGUUUUAAUAAACAAUGUCGCCACUAAUCAUGAAAUUCCUACCCCAUUUAUUAUGGAAUCUGAAGAGCUUAUUAACAAUAUUGUCGAAGUGAAUAUUGCAGGCACUCUUCGCAUCACCAAGAUGAUUGUAAAUGUUAUGGCAGCCAAGAAUCGCGGCCUCAUUUUGAACAUCGGCUCCUUUGCAGGCUAUGUUCCUUCACCAUACUUGUCUGUUUAUUCUGGAUCAAAAGCUUUUCUGAGCACAUGGUCGCAAGCCCUGGGUGCUGAACUCAAACCCAAAGGCAUAGUGGUGCAGAAUGUCAACACUUAUUUUGUUGUUACCGGCAUGUCAAAAAUUCGACGAUCGAAUUUCCUUACACCGUAUCCAAAGCCAUAUGUUCGAGCUGUUUUAUCUAAAAUUGGAGUCCCUUGUGGGUCAGAGUAUCCAUACACGUCUGCUUCUUAUCCUUCUCACGGAUUAGCCAACUGGCUGAUUGCCAAUGCAUUCUCGUGGAGCUGGUGGGAAGCUCGUAAUUUAGAAAUCCAUAUUGAUGUAAGGAAACGCGCCCUACGAAAGCGCGAGCGUGAAGCAGCAGCAGCAAAAUCUCAGUAG